AUGGCAUACAACACUUCUUACCUGUCGUCCCCUGACACUCCCUCUACUGUUUUCCCCGAACGACUGAUUCGGCCACUCCCCAAACGGUCCAUCAAGUCCCGGCUGUCCCAAGAGGCUGCUGAGGCUAUCACAUACCCUCCUACACUCCCCUCGACGAGCUUGCCGACAUACACUCACUAUGGUGAAAAUGGCGAAUAUCCAAACGACAGCAAGGUUUUAGUGCACCAACACAGUGAUGGGUAUGAUCAGGAUCACGACCAUGACCAUGACGACGACCAUGAAUGUCCUCAUCACCACCAUCAUUGCCACCACGACGAAUAUGAGGAUGACCUAGAUUCUCAAGAUGAACGCAUUGUUCCUGUCCGUCAUUACUUUGUGUCUUCUCCUCGAUCUCCCCGAUCUGGGCGCCAGAGAUACUCUACCAAAGGCACCACCUCUGGGUCGGACGGUUAUGAGGCGUUCGAAAAUACUAAUAACAAGAAAAAAAGAAAAAUACCUACCUCCGGCAGUUUGAGUUUGCAUCAUUCAUCUGUGACAGAUCAGUUGGCGCAUAUGGGAAUUGGCGGGACGAAAGACGGCGCAGCAGACGAUUCUUAUUCCACAAUCGCUCACGCCGGAAGCCCUUCUGGUCUUGGCGUCCAAGGAGCCGGUAGAGGGCGCAGCACAAGAAAGCUACCGGGUCGAAAUCCGCUUGGUGUUUCGGUUAAUGGCUCCAACGCUCGGAGUGGCCCAUCUAAAUAUGACCAGAACAUGUCCGUCAACGCCAAAGCCGAAGAAUCCAAAGACCAGGGUAUCAUUUCUGCUGCCAUCGCCAACGCCACGGCCCUGCUUCGUAAGCCGCUGGGAAAAGGUCAAGAAAAUGUGGGUGUCCUCGAUCAACAAGUCAAACAAGCCCAUACGAGUUCGCAGUUUACCUUUACGUGCGAGAGCGAGGCGAAAGGCGUGACCUUUCCUGAGCAGAGCUUAUACUCACCGGGUUACGCCCAGCGCAACAAUUUAGCUCCUCCAGCUCAGGGCACAGCACACCAGAAAGUAUCCACUCAAACAACCCAGACCAGCCCGAAUGUGGUCCAACCAAACACUCAACCUGCCCCCGCGGCCCCAGCGGUCCCAAAUGCCAACGCCCAGGGAAAGAAGCCGCGGAGAAGGAGAGGAGAUGUGUAUGCCCUGGCUGCCCGACAGAGAAGACUUCAACAAGAAUACAACAAUCUGCAACAUCCGCCGGCGCCGGAGGACAUCUGGAUCUGUGAAUUCUGCGAGUACGAGAGCAUCUUCGGUCAACCUCCCCACGCGCUGAUCCGCCAAUACGAGAUCAAGGAUCGCAAGGAACGGCGCCGACUCGCCGAAAAAAGACGGUUGUUGGAGAAGGCCAAACUCAAGGGAAGGAAGGGAAAGAAGCAGACCAAGGGUGGGACAAAAGCCAGCAACUACACUGGCCCAGUGGUGCCUCCGCAUGUCUAUGAUAAUCAGCCGCUGGACCAGCUUGGCGACGACGACCUGGACUACGGCUACGAUGACCCCGUCCCAAUGCCGGCACCGCCAACAGCGACUGCUCCGAACAAGGCUGCUAGCGGACCGUCACAUGCCAGCACCGACAAGGCAGGAGGAACACAUGGAGGGGGAGGGACACGAUGA